AAUACCGCUCGAGUGUGUGCCUGCCUUAAUACAUACUCGCAACCCGCGCCGGUCGCACGCACCGCGAUCCAAAUUCGAAUUUCGUACGGACAUUCCAAAUAAACAUUCGUUCUGUUUUGAAAUUUUUGUUAUUUCUUUUUUAUUGUUAUUUAUGGCCAGUGUAAAUAUUUGUGUUUGAGUAACUUUUUAAUUUUUGACAAUGGAAGUAAGUGCUAUGCCGCAUAUGCCACUGGACUUUUCUAUGGUGAGAAGUGGCAGUGGUUCCCCUGGAGCCAUGAGAGAAACUUCACCGAGGCCGGUUUCUAAUAGCGCCUUCAGAGUCGUUACACCGAAAGGUGUGUCAGCAAGUGAAGCGCUACGGAAUGGCCUCUGCCAGUCCCUGUGGGGUUCAGCGAGGCCAGAAACAAGACUACCUUCGCCACCACAGACCCAGGAGCCGUACACCCAAAGAGAUGAGAUAAAAUUUGGCAUCAGUCGCCUAGUCGGACGCAAUGAUGAAGACGAUGAAACUCACAUCGAGACAAGACCUGAGGGAGUAUCCCCCGCGUCCCGCUGCGGAAGCCCUUGCUGGCCCUCACCCCAAUCCCCAAGAUCAGUGCGCUCAAGCUCCCCAGAGUUAGAAGUCGAUUCACCACCAUCAUCUCCAAGAAGACCACCAGAAUCGUCCUCGCCCCCUAAAAGAUCAGAAGCAUUUUCGAUGAGUGUUCUCCUAAGGCCUGACGCUCCAAGAGUUCAGCCGCAAAGACCAUUCCUCUACCCGCCACUUCCAUUUGCAGAAUUCCUCAGAGAUGCUGGUGGUCUUGGACUACCUGGAUGGGGUGGUUAUAGCAACUUAUACCUGCACGCUGUACAAGCAGCAGGUCCCGAAUUUCUUAGGCUUCGGGCUGCUGUUCUAGGAGCGCAGAGUCCUCUGACCAGACCGUUACCAAUAGGAGAUGUGUAUUCGUGUGUCAAGUGUGAGAAAAUGUUCAGUACCCCCCAUGGUUUGGAAGUGCACGCGAGGAGAUCUCACAACGGGAAGAGGCCGUUUGCUUGUGAACUGUGCAGCAAAACGUUCGGACAUGAAAUCAGCCUCAGCCAACACAGGGCUGUCCACAGUGUGGAGAAAGUCUUCGAAUGCAAGCAAUGCGGGAAGACCUUCAAGAGGUCCAGCACCCUUUCCACCCACCUGCUGAUCCACUCCGACACCAGGCCUUACCCCUGCCAGUACUGCGGGAAACGGUUCCAUCAGAAAUCUGAUAUGAAGAAACACACUUACAUACAUACUGGUGAGAAGCCCCACAAAUGCCAAGUGUGUGGCAAGGCCUUCAGCCAGAGCUCCAAUCUGAUCACCCACUCCCGCAAACACACCGGGUUCAAACCCUUCGCUUGCGAGCUGUGCGGACGUGCGUUCCAGAGGAAGGUGGACUUGAGGAGACACAGGGAAACCCAGCAUGCAGACUUGAGGCCAGCUCAGCCCCAUAUGCCUAAUCAUGAUGUUCAUAUGCACCCGACGGAGAUGCAUACAGUCCCAGAACAUAGAAUAGAUCUUCGUCCCCAACACCAUGACUUCAGGGCUGCCCACAUGAGCACCUCCGUGCCCCCCCUCCAGCCACUCCCCUCUUGAAGCUCAACAGCCUUCGCGCCAGCAAGUUGGCGCUAAGGCCUUAAAAAUCACCUUAGUCAUGAAAUGUAGAUAUUAAAUUAUAAUUUUCAAUCGGUUUCGUUCAACGACCUUUAAGGAAUCUUACUAGACUUGUCAUUAAAAAGAAAGUUACCUAGUAUGCAUAGGAGUACAGUACUUGUGUUACCUUGUCUCUUUGUAAAAGUGUGUUGUUUGUAAAGCCGCAUGUAAGUACUGUUUAGUGUAAAUCAGUUCACUUUCACCUUUUUAGUCAGUGAAAAUAAUUUUAUAGGUACUUAUUUGAUUUCAGAAUUAUAAAAAAUGUAUAUUUAUGAAAAGAAAAAGCUACUGUAAUAGUUUAGAAAUUCUCAUUCUGUAAUUUAAAUUUAUAUAUUAAAAAUUAUCAAAUCUUAAGAGGUCGUACGUUGCUUCAGAACUGAUUUGAAAAAUAAAAAAAUUAUGUGACAGCGUCUACCAAAAAUAAUUAUAAAUAUUUUUUUUAUUCAUACUCGUAUAAUAAAUAUUAGAUAUUUUAAACCAAAGUUUAUAUUUUGACGUAAUGAGUAAAGACAUUUUAAGGUAAGUUUUUUGAUCUCAAUUAAAAAGAAUAUACACAAAACAAGUAAUUAAAAUUUGUAAUAUAUCCAGAAGAUUUAAUAACACUAAGACAUUAUUUAAUUUUCUAGAUCAUAUUUCUUCACGUGUCUUUUAUAUAAUAUUUUUAAAUAUUAAUUUUUUAUAAAGCCAAAUUACUAAGAACAUUGUUUGCUUGAUUACAAAGCACUCAAUAAAAAAUGUGGCUGUACGACAUAUUGUUUUUAAAUAAAAUCAUUUCUUCUAAGUCAUUCCUGUUUACAAAAAAGUAAUUUUAAAAAAUUGUUUGACUAAAUACAUUAAACAUACAUAGGUAUGUAUUUGUUUAAUUUAGUUUAUUGAGUACAAAACAUGACACAUUUUCGUGAUAAUUCCAUAGAUUUCAUUCCUUUUAAUGAUUAGUUUAAAUAUUCAAGUAAGUAAGGUUUCUAUCAAUUUCAAACUUCACAAAUACUCAAAAAAGUACUUUACAUAUCAUAUAGCACAAGAGAAGUCCACUUGGUAAGCAUGUUUGUAAAUAAUAAUAAGCAUCAUUAAUAUUGUAAAAAGCGUUGUCUAUUUUUAUGUCAUCUGAUAUUUUUAAAAUAGCCGUAUAAUAUGAGAGGUGCCAUUUUGUAUGGUCAGACAAUUUUAAAGAUUAGUUUUUGGACUGCAGAUAUACCUAAUAGUUGAGAAAUAAGAAUUUAUUAAAAUUACUUAUAUUUAACAUGUGAAUUGGACUUUAUAAAUGAGUAGGUAAAAAUAACUUAUUCACAGUAAACUACAAGAAAAUCCAUUGUGACUUUAAAUUGUCUGACUAUACCUAUGCCAUUUUAUGUGAAAUCCUUCAUGCCAAAGACGCAUAGCAAAUUAGAGUGAUUACUUGUAUUGUAAAUAUAACAUAGACAUACUUAUACUUUAUACACAUUAUUAAUAGUUAAUCCAAGUUAACAUAUUAAAGUCCGGUGUUAAUUUUAAAUUUUAUGAUAAAACCUGUUAUUUAUUUUAUUAUUAUACGACAAUAUACAUUAUUAUUAGAAUUAGGUAUUCCAUAUUUAAAAAUUUAUGAUCUACUUUUGAAAUUUUUUUUUAUUUAAGAUAGAUUUAAUAAAUUUAUAAAACAGUUUUAUUUUAUAAAGGAACCUAUUUUCAGAAAACGUUACUGAUUACUUAUGUGUAAAUAUUUUAUCAAUUUCUUGUCAUAAGAUUUUAGUUAUUAUAAAUUAAAUGUUACACUGUAAAUAAUGUAUAAAUUAUGUAAUCGGAUCCAAAUAGAAACGUGCAAUCCUAUGUCGUAAUUACCAGUUAUAAUUAUUAUAUUAUAUAAAUAA